CGCGAGCCGUCGAGUACGGCACGAGAUAUUUGUGUCUUAUUGUAGACCUCAAACAAUUCUCUUUGCAGCCGCGCGCGUAGUAGAAGCCAACCAAGCAGCGGUGUCGGUAAAACGCUGGAGCCGUGGAAGGUGUUGUUCGGCGGAAUCGUGCAAGUGCGACUCGAGCACGAGCCAAGCGACCGGUCAAUUCAAGACAACAACAAAACGCGCGCGCAAACCAGAGCGCACACGCCGCCUCAUUGCACGCAAACACCAAAAAAAAACAUAACGCGGUUUUUCAUAUCGACGGUGGCAGCAGCCGCAGCACACAAAAGUUGCGCAAAUUAAUACACAAUCGGCUAAAUUAAUACUUAAUCGAUUUAUUGUUGUUUACUUAAAAGGCAAUGUGAAAUGUGUUUCCUACGACAAUGUGAAAACUGCGUAAUGUUUAAGUGGAAGUGCAGGAAGUUAACAUCAUCGAUAUCAACAAAUCGCAACGAAUAAUAACCAACACCAUCACCUCACAAACGCUUUUGGAGCUUAUAUAAAAAAUACAAAAAUAAUCAAAAUGCAGCCGCAGCUAGGCCCACUUUGGGGUUUUCUACUGUUACUUCCAUUAUGGUUAGUCCUUGUACAAUGUGAUACAUCGUCGCCGCAACGAACGUUACACCGACUCGUUGGUGGUCACAUGAGAACUCAACCGGAAUUAGACGAUGCCGAAUUAAUAAUCACCUCCAGUGCGGGCGGAGGUCGCGAAAGUAAAACAAAAGAAGGCGACGACAAAAAAACACUGUCGCAGCAAGUGGCGGACGGUAAAUACGGACUGAUACAGAACGAAUUGUUCAGCAAGCCGGUGAAAAAGCCGGGUAUAAUUAGUUACGAGAGUAAUCCGGAAGUGCCUAAGGACAAUAUAAACAAUUUAGGAGGACUGAAUAAGAACGACAUCUGGCUGGCCGAGAACCACCUAUUAGUAAUAAGAGGUGGCGACUUUGCCGAUCAGGAUGUGCCCGCCGUCAGUGAUAGCCAUCCGGUGUGGCCGCCCAUCGAUGAUUAUCACGCGCCGGGGAGGCAGGUCAAGCUGCCGAGCAAUCCAAAAGUGCCACCGCCCUUUCCCGUCCAGCUCACCGAGGACGGGCCACUCCAAAUCCUGGGCACAAACUAUUCGACAACGCUUAAUGGAACGAUCGCAGCGUCACCAUACCCCCUACCGCCCGCGGAAGGCGGCUUCUAUCCAUCGUUCCCGUCAGAUGGAGGUGCCUAUCAGGCCAACACUACUUCCGGGGAAACUCCGUUCCCAAUACCUGCUUUCCCUCCAGAAUUUGGCACACCGCCGUUCCCGCUGAACGGCAGUAUACCACCCUUUUUCGCAUCGCUACCACCCGGAGCUGCUAUACUGCCUCCACCGAGUAAUACCAGCAUAGAAUACGAUGAUGAUGACCCAUCAAUAUAUUAUCCACCGCCGUAUAGUUUUUAUUACCAGAUGGAUAAUUCAACACAAGUACCACCAGGUCCUUUGGUUCCGGGUAUAGUCCUACCACCACCGCCAAAUUUCUUUGCGCCAUUGGAUAAACCCCGAAUGAAACCAAUACGUGUCAGCACUACCACAACAACAACAACGACAACAACUCGUAAACCAUUCACAACAGUGAGCACGGAAGGCUUUAAACAAAUUCGACCUACAACAACUGCCUUACCACCUACGCCACAUAAAUCCAACAGAGUCAAAGUGGAUAACCAUUACAUCCCCCCACCACCUCCACAACAACCACCACGUGUUGUUAUACACGUAGAAGACACAACACCAGCCCAACCAAUCGAACCCCAACGAAUAGUCACAAUAGUCCCAGUAAAACACUAUCACACCCAACAAUACAACCGAACAGGGGUUGUGGUACGACCCAAACCCGAAUCUGUCACAGUCCUGAAACCAGUCAAAACCGGAAAUACACCAGCACCCACGCCACGACCAAUUUACUUCUACGAAAACAACGUUAAACCAUACAAGAUUUACGGGCCACCAAGCAGACCACGAACAACAGUUAGCUCCACGCAAAUACCAUUGAAAGCCCAAUAUCACUACAGCACAUCGAAUGAAAUCGACACCAAUUCGGUAGUGACUCAACUGCCCGAAACUGAUUACUAUCGGCCGAGAACCACAACGAAACAACCGCGACAAUACUACUACUACGAAGAGCAACCGCAGGUGAAUUCAAUCACCACCCAACGCACACCCAAACAACAACAGCAUCAACAGAAUUACUUCAACGUGCCGCAGGAAUACUACGUGCCUGCAAAGCAGGCGGUUCGUGAGAAUUACCAGGCGAAACCAAUUCUAGAACAACAACCACAAUACUACUACCGGCCAAGUCGACCUCCAGCAAGUCGGUACCGAUUUGUAGAAACAACCAAAAAGCCAGAUUCGUUUAGUAUUCAUGUAGCUCGACUAAAACAACAAAUUCAUCAAUAUUACACUACUCCAGAACCUUAUCUUAGUUAUGAACAACCACGACAACAACAACAACCAGCCCCUAAACCAGUAUAUCAGUUUAGUUUCCAAGCUGCAAACUAUCAACCACAGCAAAUAAAUGGUUUCCGGGCAUCACCACUGGAUGAUUCUGAUGAUGAAAAGUUCCAACCGAUUAAUAAAUACAAUGUUGAAAUACAACCAGCCAUAGAAGUACUGCCCACAAGGAUUCCCUAUCAAAAUACACCCUCACCAGGACAAUAUUACCACCCGAAACCAAUUCAAGUCCUGCAGACGUCCACAGAACGACCUUCCAAGUAUUACACUACACCUCAACCGGAUUAUGAUUAUGAACAGAUUGAUGUUAAGCAAAAGUCGCCUUAUCAAACAGCAACUGCCACUCCAAAACCAAUAAGUCAGUAUUCAUUCGAUGCUACACCGAAUCCAUACCAGCAAUACUAUACAAAACCGGAAGAUGCGUAUUUAGAUGAUUUAACACAGAAAUAUUUCACGGUUUUCGGUAAGAAAAUACCCGGACAAACCACGCCGAUUCCCACAAAUACCCAGCGGCCUAAUGUGCAGAUUCAGUACGCGCAGAGCGCAGGUAAAGAGGUAUCUCUGCACGGCGACACGAUCGUAAAUUACGUGCGGCCGCGCCCGAUUGAAGCGCAGGCGGAAUAUGUGCGCGCCAGGCGGCCACAGCCGCAGCAUCCGGCGCCCUCAAAGCCAGAAAUUGUGCAAGCCAUACCAGUGAAAAUCGCCGCAUCGCCCGAAGGUAAACCCGGCUCGUUUAUCUCUUAUGAACUACCGGGUGAUGAUGGGGCGCACUUCUACUUCCUCACCCCGCAGCUGGCGCAGAGCAGAGACCAAGGGGCAGGUUUCUACUUUGAGAAUCCGAAGGCGCAAGAGCUCAAAGACAAGCAGCAACAGCAGCAGCAACGCACCAAGAGCUAACAGCGCGUCAGCAUCCAGUCAACGCUCAAAUAUUUAUGGACACACACGAUAAUUUAUGUACUUGUAAAAUUUGCCCACCUACCUACUACCUAUUACUCUAUUCUACACUACCCGAUAAUGAUUUGUGUUUCUCAUGUAUGCUUCCUAUUGCAACGUUUAUGUAAUCAUAGAUAUUAAUUUAAUUCAUGCUGUAUUUAAAGAACGAAGAAACAAAUAUGAUUUAGUAAUUAUUUUAUUUUUGAGUGGUCUGUGAUCGUCGGAGUGCCAGAACACGCUCACGCAUUUCGACUGCAAUUUAUUCAAGAUGAAAAAUUGAUGAAUAUGUAUGUAUGUAUAAUGCUUAAGUAUAGAAAAGAUUAAUAAAAAUAUGUGGUGUGAAUAUUCCCAGGAAUCUACCAAACGAAUCGAGAGAGAGUGUUACGCCGCGCGAGACAAUUCUUCUUUCUUUUCGCGACUCCAGACGAGUUGAUAUUUACGAGCAUUGUAAAUUACUGUUAUGUUAAGGAGAGAAGCAUGUACAAUAAACACUUGUAUGUAGAA